CUGAUCCCUCCCACCUGCCCGCUCCCCCUGGCCUGGCCCUGACGUCAGGGAAGGCGUGCGGAUGCGUGUGUGCGGGCUGCACAUCAUACACACAUCAGGCACCGCAGAGACGUCGGGAGGCAGCCGGCAGCCAGCCAGCCGGCGAGAGAAAAGCCCCCGGAGCCGGGCUACAUGCGAGAGCGCUGCUCCUCGCCGGGCAGCGGAGGAGCGCUCGCUCGUCCCCGCCGAGCGCUGAUGCUCUGCAAGCCCCAGCUCCAGGGAGCCCCAAAUUGCUGAGGAGGUCGCAGGCAGCAGACCCCUCCCCGCCGCCCCCGCCGCCCGCCCCCAAGACGGAGGAGCCCCCCGCUCCCACCAUGUCGUCGGAGCCCGGCGCCCCGCCGGCGGUGCCGCCCCUGCACUCGCCCAAGUCCCCGGUGUGGCCCACCUUCCCCUUCCAGCGCGAGGGCAGCCGCGUCUGGGAGCGGGGCAACCUCCUGCUGCGGGACCUGCCCAGCCCGCUGCCCACCAAGAGGACCAGGACCUACUCCGCGACGGCGCGUGCCUCCGCUGGGCCCAUCUUCAAGGGCGUCUGCAAGCAGUUCUCGCGCUCCCAGGGCCACGGGUUCAUCACCCCGGAGAACGGCACAGAGGACAUUUUCGUCCACGUGUCUGACAUCGAGGGGGAGUACGUCCCGGUGGAGGGGGACGAGGUGACGUACAAGGUCUGCCCCAUCCCUCCCAAGAACCAGAAGUUCCAGGCGGUGGAGGUGGUGCUCACCAACCUGGCGCCCCACACGAAGCACGAGACGUGGUCCGGCCAGAUCAUCGGCUCCUAGGUGCCCGGGGGGGCCGACGGCCGCUUGCAGGGGGCGCGGGGGGAGCCGAGCCGGCGGCGGGGCCGGGGCCGCCCCCCAGCACGCAGGCGUCUGCGUUCGGUGUCUUUUCUAAGGUUACGGUUUCCUUUCUCUUUGUGUGUUUGUAACUGUCUUUCGAGGGGGCCGGGGAAAGCAGAGCCCUCCCUGCAGCCCCCCCACCAGCUCCGGGGGCAGCCCCGAGCCCCACGUCCCCGUCCUUACAGCGUAUCACUGUGCUGGGAAGGGGCGGCCGAGCCCCUUCUUGACCCCGUUCCCCUUGCCGGGCUUCAGCCACGCGGCUCCUUCGGGAGAAGGGUGACCCGAUCCCACCUCAUGUUUUCGGUGUGUGUUUACUGUCACUGCCAGCUCAGGCCGUGGAGAAGGGGGAGUCGGGAGAAGCGGGCUCUGCCCCGACACGGGGCCUGGGGGCGAGCACUGGUUUGGUUUCCUUUCCCUUCCGUGGCGCCUCAGGGUUUGGGGGCCAGGUGCGCAGGGCCGGCAGGAUGCGGCCAAGGAGAGCAUCGGAGCAUCAUCGGGCAGCACCGUGCUGCCCCGCCGCCUGAAACGGUGGGUCCCGGCUGAACCCCCUCCUCCCUCGGAGUUAAACCUUUGUUCGGUCAAGCCGCUUCAAUACCGUAGUUAAAAAAAAAAAAAGGGGGUGGCUUAAAGGAAGAAAAAAUGAGUUUUAAGGGAAAAACGCCUGCUGGCAGGCCCCCGUGGUGCUCAGCGCUGUGUCUUUUCUGUGUGCCACGGAGGGGCCAGCAACGCACUGCCCUUGGACUGGAGCUGGUUCUGGGGAGAUGGCUUUCUCCUCCUCUCGCUCCCCUCGUCACCCCAGCCUCCGUGCAGACCCCCGUUGUCCCGUGUGUGCCUGUGUGUGUGUGCGCGUCUGUAGCUUGCCGUGGGGCCGAAGGGUUUUUAGGUGGCCACGGGGCGAACACGGGCACGCCUUCCUCUGGUCGCACCCUGCGCCAAGCCUCGGUGUAGACAGGGUCUCGUCUAUAAAGCACAAAUUCGUUUUCGGUCCUCUCCGCCGUACCCUGGCCAGGUGGGCUGCUGAGACCCCGGGGGGGAACGGGGAACGGGCACCGGGGGCUGCAGGACCCGGCUGCACCUUGCGCUGCCCCAAACCCAGACGUGGGGACUGCCCCCUUCCGUGCUGGCUCAGGCCCCAGGCAGUCAGCCUGGCCACGACAAACUGUUUGAUUUUUUUAUCAUUAUUAUUUCUUUUUUUUUGGAAAAUAAACUACAACCCUAGACUCGGUGUUUUUACAACUCUGGUGUGGUUCCCGCCUGUCUGACCUUGUGUCAACCUUUGUAACAUUGGCAAUAAACCAUUAAAAGUGACUUUCCCUUGAGCCCUGCUGAUCCUGCCUCUUUCUUUGUGUGUGUGGCGGGGCGGGACGCUGCCAGCUGCCCAGGCUCACCACAUCCCCACCACGCGUUUCACCCCGACUUCCCUUCCUGCGACUCACCUGCACCCGCACACAGCGCUCGAGGGCACAGCAGAGUCCAUACAAAGCACACGCUCCGACAGCUGCACGUUGUGGCUUUAAUAGGAUUGAUUUAUACAUAUAUAUAUAUAUUUAAUUAAAUAUAUUUCUCAUUUAACAGUUGGUACCAGUCAGACAGGAGCCACCCGCCUCACAGACACAGAACCGUACGGCGGCACAGUCCCCGCCACGGGGCCCACCACACCCACUCGCUCACGCACACGUGUGGGAGAAACCCCCGUGGGGUCACGCUAUGGGACAGGCGUGUGGAGGCCUCCCGGGCCCCAGAGGGCAGCAGGCACCUCUCUGCCUCUGGGAAACGCCAAAGAACCCAGCCAGAGCUACAGCAAGACAAGCGGGUUGUCCCCCCUUACAGCAUGAUGGCCCUGGGGUGUCUCCACAAAGAGGUCACCUCAGCCCCCAGGGCUGCCGUGGUGUCCUGCACCUUCACCACCACCGAGCUCUCCAGAGAUCCUGCUGACUUGGAAUAGAUUUACAAGGAAAAUAAACCAAACCCAACCAACCAA